CACGAAUUUCGGACAAGCCGAUCAGGGCUGUGAGCCUGGGAGGCAUCAAGUAACGGGGAUAGAUGUGACAUUUCAAAAAAUUAGUCAACCGAUCUUUCUGAGUAUCGACACCUCGAGGCGCGAACAACCAUGGCGCCCCGAUCUGCAGCUAAGCACAACGCUUUGCGGAGAUCGAAUUCUAGAACUGGAGAGAUUCUGAAAAAUCCUAAAUUACUCACCGCGGUUGCUUUGAUUGUAGCUGAAUCCAUAUUUGUUUCUCUGAUAAUCGCCUAUGUUCCAUAUACAAAGAUAGAUUGGGAUGCUUAUAUGUCUCAGGUAAGUGGAUUUCUCGGAGGAGAGAGGAAUUAUGAGAACCUGAAAGGAGACACUGGGCCUCUGGUAUACCCAGCUGGCUUUCUCUACCUUUACUCUGCCAUACAAUAUGUUACCGGAGGUCAAGUCUUCCUUGCUCAGACUCUAUUUGGAUUUCUCUACAUUUUAAACCUUGGAAUUACUCUAUCCAUCUAUCUGAAAACUAAUGUGGUUCCCUGGUGGGCUUUGGUAUUGCUUUCUCUGUCCAAAAGGGUUCACUCCAUCUUCGUGCUUCGCUUAUUCAAUGAUUGUUUGGCCACAACUAUCCUGCAUGGUGCGCUUCUCUCACUUAUUUAUCAGAAGUGGCAUCUAGGUCUAGUAAUAUUCAGUGCAGCUGUUUCCGUGAAAAUGAAUGUGCUUCUUUAUGCCCCCGCUUUAUUGCUCAUCAUGAUGAAGGCAAUGAGUAUUGAUGGGGUUAUAUCUGCUCUAGCUGGGGCAGCUCUUGUGCAGGUGAGUCAGAUUUACAUGCUAUAUAAGACUUGGUGAACAUAUUUGGCGAGAUUGGUCUCUUCAUCAUCUUGCAAACAACUGUAACUGGUGCAGAUUGUGAUAGGGCUGCCCUUUAUCUUGCCACAUCCAGUUUCAUAUAUAUCAGGAGCUUUCAAUCUUGGCCGUGUAUUCAUCCACUUUUGGUCUGUUAACUUCAAAUUUGUACCUGAGGAGAUGUUUAUCUCUAAAACAUUUGCAGUCUCCUUGUUGGCUGUUCACCUGACACUGCUUGGUGUUUUUGCUCACUUUAGAUGGUGCAGACAUGAAGGGGGACUUUUUACUAUCUUAAAGUCUCAGAUUAUUCAUGUGAAGCACAGGAUUGUAACGUUAUUCUCCGUAUUGUGUAAAACACCUUCCUAUCAAAGUUUAGGCCACAAAUAUAUUCAACCAGACCAUAUUGUGACUACAAUGUUCGUCGGAAACUUCAUUGGCAUAAUAUGUGCUCGUUCCCUCCAUUAUCAGUUUUACUCUUGGUACUUUUUUAGCAUACCGUAUUUACUGUGGAAAACACCGUUCCCAACCUUUGUCCGUUUGGUGUUGUUCGCACUAGUGGAGUUGUGCUGGAAUGUCUACCCAUCCAGUAUUUACUCAUCCAUCUUGCUUCUUUCUGCACAUUUAGUCAUUCUGGGAGGUCUAUGGGCAGCUUCACCAGAAUAUCCGUAUGCGGAUAAGACAAUUGAUACAUCAAAGAAGGAUGGAUGAUCAACUUUUUUGUACUGAGUUGUUCAUAGAAGCUGUUGAGUGGAUCACUUUUCUAGGUUAGCAAUUCACAUCCAACUUACAAUCCCUGGCUUGUGGCUUCCAACCCCCUCAUCCCCCCUUCUUAUCCUCCAGUAUGUAACUUAGAUCAAUAGAUGGAAUUAGAGCAUGUGGCCUGAGGCCAUCUAAGUUAUGGCUCUAACACCGGACAAGGGGAAAAUUAUUAUCUACAACAACAUCAACA